AUGAAGUUUACCGGCGCCACGCUGGUCUCAUCAGGCCUCCUCGCCGCUUCAGCUGCGAUGGCUGCUCCUGCUCCUGCUUCGACCGGCGCCGACACGCCAGUGCACAUUCCCAUUCAGAAGCGAUCCGUUGUCAAGCGUUCUGGUGACGACCUUCUGCACUGGGCCUACGAUCAAAAAGCGCUUCUUCAAUCCAAGUACAACUUGCCGACCAAUUCAUCGCAAAACCAACGACGUGCGGGCGCUACAUGGCUCACCAACGUACAGUAUGAUUCUUCCUGGGUCGCCUCCCUCUCGGGCGGUACACCAGCCAAGGACUACGAGGUGGUCCUCGACACGGGUUCCUCCGAUCUGUGGAUCUCUUCGCAAUACUACCAGCCUUCGUCAAGCAGCACCUUUCGGAACCAGUCGACUCCGUUCGACAUUCAGUAUGGCUCGGGUUCAGUACAUGGCUACCAAGCCACCGACACUUUUACGCUUGCUGGCACCACGGUCAACAAUCUGCACGUUGCCGUAGCCACUUCGGUAAGCUCUGGUCUAACAAGUGCCGCUAUGGAAGGUAUCAUGGGUAUGGGCUUUCAGCGUCUCGCAUCUUCCGGUGAACCUCCACUAUGGGUCGCUGCCGGCAUCGACACCUUCUCGUUCUACCUGGAGCGAGCCAGUCUCUCUACACGCGAUCAGACGCAACCGGGCGGGAUUUUUACGCUCGGUGGUACCAAUACGAGCCUCUACCAAGGCGAUAUCAGCUACAACUCGCUCCUCGAAGAGCUCUAUUGGAUGGUUCGUCUGGGCGCUAUCGGUACGAUGGGAGCCAAUGUGCCCCUCAACGGUCUAACUCGUGCAGCCAUCGACACUGGUACCACCCUGAUCGGCGGACCCGAUUCUGUUGUUCAGCAGCUGUACGCCAACAUCGCCAACUCUCGAUCCCAGGGCAACGGAUACUAUUCGUUCCCGUGCAGCUCGUCAGUCGAUGCAACGCUGACGUUUGGCAAUCAGCAGUACACGAUCCCCAGCACCGACUUUGUAGCAGGCACCCUGGACCAGUCGGGCUCUCAGUGUCUGGGUGCCUUCUUCGGCUUGGGCUCGUCCAGUCAGACCGACUUGCAGUGGAUCGUGGGCGAUGCCUUCCUGAAGAACGUGUACUCCAUCUUUACCACCAAUCGCAACAACGGCAACUCGGGCGUCGGCUUUGCUAGCUUGGCCAGAGGCUUGAACUCGGGUACCAUUUCCAAGAGCGUAAACUCGACCAGCAACAGCGUCAGCAGCGACAGUCCCGCCGCCACCACCGCCAAACGCUGGAAUAACGUCUCGGCGUUGAUGGCGACUGUCGCUCUGCCCGUCCUGGCGCUCGUAUUUGGCUGA